ACACGGUGAGACCCUGUCUCAAAAAUAAUUGGAUUUCUGUGUCCAUUUAUUUGGCUGCGGUUAAUUUCAUGGAAGACUGACGCUUCUUCAUAGCAAAUCAGCAGGAAAGAUUUUCUGUGCGUUCUUGUUUUUCCAGUACCUGUUUGUUCUAGACAUAGUUGAUUUAAGAAGCAACAAACAACUUUCCUGUUUACUUGGAGGCAGAGCAGACAGGUGGCAUUGCGUUUAAAUGAAAAAGAUGGUAAAAAGUUUAUGUUUAUCUCCAAGAGAUGAGGGAACACCAUCUGUCCUUGCUGUUGCCAGGAUUCCUAGGAAAUAAAAAUUCCAGGAAGUACAGAACAUAAAAUAUUAUGGCUGAUAUGUUUCUAAAUGAUGAAUUUCAUAGUAAAUCUUUCGUUGUUAUCUUAACCACGUGACUGCAGCGCUUUCUCUAGAAAGCCCCACCCACAACUGACACAGGAGAGGUCUCUCACUAAAAGUCAAGGGCUGAGGGAGCUGGGAGGAAACUCGGUUGUAGGAAGUGACCAAGUUCACUCCUGGAUACUGGUUACAAGCCAAGUCGUUAGCAUUGCCUGGAGAGCUGCAAGGGUUUCUGUGACGAUGGUGAUGUCGCUGCUGUCAGCUUCCCUCUGCUACUUCAGAAGGCUGCAUCUACAUCUAGGGCACCGGCUGAAGUGGUGGAUUGGCUAUCUGCAGAGAAAAUUCAAAAGAAACCUCAGUGUGGAGGCAGAAGUAGAUUUACUCAGCUAUUGCGCGAGAGAGUGGAAAGGAAACACGCCGCGUGCCAAACUGAUGCGGAAGGCCUAUGAGGAGCUGUUCUGGAGGCACCAUAUUAAAUGUGUUCGGCCAGUGAAGAGAGAUAACUACGACGCUCUCAGGUCCGUGCUGUUCCAGAUCUUCAGCCAGGGUCUCUCUUUCCCAUCAUGGAUGAAAGAAAAAGACAUUGUGAAGCUUCCUGAAAAGCUACUCUUUUCUCAAGGCUGUAACUGGAUCCAGCAGUACAGUUUUGGACCUGAGAAGUAUACAGGUUCCAAUGUGUUUGGAAAGUUACGGAAAUGCGUGGAGUUACUGAAAACGCAGUGGACCGAGUUUAGUGGGAUGAGAGAUUAUCACAAGAGAGGGAGCAUGUGCAACAUCCUCUUCUCCGACGCCAUCCUGGAGUACAAGCUGUACGAGGCUGUGAAGUUCAUCAUGCUCUACCAGGUCACGGAAGUGUACGAGCAGAUGAAGACGAACAAGAUCAUCCCCGGCCUUUUCCGACUCCUGUUUUCCAGGGAGUCCUCCUCAGACCCUCUGAGCUUCAUGAUGAAUCACCUGAAUCCCAUGGGGGACACCUGUGGACCGGAGCAGAUUGACAUGUUUAUACUCGGGUAUUCCCUCCAAGUAAAGAUAAAAGUGUUCCGACUGUUCAAGUUUAACUCCAGAGACUUCACAGUCUACUACCCUGAGGAGCCUGUGAGGGAGUGGCCAGAGAUCUCCCUGCUGACUGAGAAUGACCGCCAGUACCACAUUCCCGUCUUUUAAGUCCCCGAUGGACUGAACAUUGGCUUUUCUCAGUGACAGCGGUCAUACUUGCAAGAGAAAUAUUUCUGAAAAGCUCACAGUACCGUUUUAGCCAAGGAGGACUAUGGGAACACUGGGUGGGGAGAGCCACUGAUUUCCUCCACCGCCACACACAUUUGGGGUUUGGCAGGUUGGAAGAGAUCUCCUCGGUUCACACCUGUGCCUUUAAGACAUAGAGAGACUUCAUGUGGACAAAAAGACAAGGGAAACGGCUGACCUCAGUUGCAGGAACUUUUCAUCUCUGACCUUUGUGUUUUUUAUCAAGAGGGAUCUCUCUGGGGAUUCGGGACGAUCAUAAAUAAACAUGUUUUAUAAGCAUUACCUUCCUGGGAUUCUUUGUUGUUUACUAAUUUUGUAGAACCACCUGAUUAAUGUUAAAAUAUUGUGUGUGCAAGAAAACCCACACACAGAACCAACUAACCUGGCCUCA